AUGGCCCACGCUUCUGGAGCUACCACAAAUAAUAACACGAUAUCCAAUUCGCUUCAAAGGGAAGAACGACGACAAAAAGAGGAAGAGGAAGAGAAAGAGAAAGAACAACAAAAAGGCCGUAACUCUACAAUCUGGGAUCGCUCCUUUCAGCAUCUACGAAGGCUUAGCCGAGACGCGAAAGCCCGAACCACCAGCAAUGCAGCAUCCAGCCGGCGCAGAAACUCCCCACCACCACUCUCGCGGGAUGAACUCGACGCAGAGAUCACUCGAUUCCGCGCCAUUAUCGCAAAGAACCCGUAUGAAGAGCUGCGGGGAGGGUUCCUGUCAAGUUACUAUGUAAAUUUCUGUGAUCUGCUUGCGUCACGAUAUCGGCUGUCUCAAUCCGUCGCAGAUCUGUACGAGGCGGAGAAUAUCCUCCAUGACGCAAUAGAGCGCGAGAUCCCUGGUCGGAGGUUUGAUGUGAAAUACUUUAAGGAGACGUCAAAAGCUGCCUGGGCGGGCAUCCUUCGCCUCAUGUUCAAUGAGCAGCUGAUUGAUUUAGAGACUCUGGACGAGGGCAUCUUGGACCUGCGUCUGCACUUGUACGAAGCAAUUCUCCCGGAAAUCCGGACAACUGAAACGCUGGCAAUGUGUCUGGCGGCGAGAUAUGGCGCUUCUGGGGCUGUAAUCGACUUGCGUGAAGCUCUCGGUCUCAUGCAGGACCUCUACAACGGUAGACCGCGAUUACUGGACAGCCCUGCGGUCUUUAUGUGGUUGGACAUGCAUUCGAUGCUGUAUCAUGUUUUCGGUGACAUACAGGCGCUCCGACGCGGUAUCACUGAUAUCAAGACUCGCUCCUCGGCGGAUCUGAAGUCUCCGCGUGAAUGGACUCUAGCUACCACUCUUUACGCGAUCUACCAGCAGUUCAAGAUUUCCUCUGACCGUGACGAAGGCAUUUCAAUAGCCCGCAAGGUACUAUCAACAUCGAGAAGCCUCAGCUGGCUUGAUAGAGCCGACUGGUUACAGUUGCUGGCCCGACUCCUGUGGGAACAGGACCACCAAUCUGCGAAAGACGAGGCAGUCAUGUGGGCCAACCUGGCAGUCGAAAUGGCGGCGGAGGGACACCCCUGCAAAGCCAAAGCCUUUGCCCUUGUGGGAGAGUUGAUGAUCAAAUCUUUCGAGCGAUCAGACCGGAUAGCGGACCUCAACGAGGCGAUCUCCGUUCUUAAUCGCGCCCGGAAUCUAGCUCCCCCGACGCAUCCUUCUCAGAUUGAGAUAACAUAUACCCUUGGGAUAGCUCUGAAGACUAGACAUUUUGCAACCGGCGAUCUGGAAGAUCUCGGCACUGGUAUUUCCACCGCUCAAGAUGCCAUCGUCCCAGGUGGCCGGUGGCUUCCUCAGUCUCGAUUGCAGGGUGUUCUAGGAGAGCUAAUGUGGCAGAGAUUUCUCUUUACCAGCAAUUUCAUCGACUUAGAUGAAGCUACCCGGUUCACAAAAAAUGCAAUUGCUCUUUUGCCGAAAUACCAUCCUUCCGUGUUCGCUUUAUGGGACCAGCAUUGCGCAAUGCUAAAGACUGAGGCUCGGCGAAGCGGAGAUAGAUCAGCAGCAAUAGCUGCACACAAGGAAGUUUUGGCCCGUAUACCUGCCAAUGAUGUACAUCAACAGGGACUUCUUGUUCGCCUUGCUAGCCUCCAGCUUGCGCAAUUUGACAGGACAGAAUCCCUGGUUGACCGGGAGGCGGCAACGGCAACGCUAACCCAGACACAGAUCGGUCUCGAAGGUGCCCUAGCCACUCCCAAGGACUUUUUCAGUCGAUGUAAACUAAUUGGGCUUUGUCGUCGGCUAUAUUCAUCGUCAUUCGAUUGCGGUGAGCACCUUCAUUAUCUGAUUACUGCGAAGGAUCUGCUGGAGAAUGAAUAUAAAUCCCUUCGAUUCUUGAUAUACUAUCGGCUAGGGAAACUUCUGGCACAGCUUUCUGGUGAUUUAAUCACAGAUGCCAUCAGAUACAUGGAGAGGUCGCUUGAAUGUGCGCCCAGCCUGCAUUGGAAAAGACCAAGAAUAAGAUACCAUCUUGCAUUGCUCCACGUCGCUCGUUAUGAGGCCUCAGGUAUGGAAAGCCAUCUAUCUGCCGCAAUUGAUCUGGCGCGGAGUGCCGUUGAUAGUAUGCCUCUGCAGCAUUAUAAGCGCCCUCUUGUUGUUCACGGUCUUGCACGGCUUUUGGGAUUGAGGCACCAGCGAACCACAGUGGCGUCUGACCUAGACGAAGCUAUCAGCUUAGCCAGAGAUGCUCUGGAGCAAAGCCCGUCGCACUCGGAGGGUUACUGUGAGAUACUGACGGGGCUUGGGGAGCUGGCCUCUAUGAGUUUCGAGCGAAGGGGAGAUCUCGAAGCUGUCAGACAGACUCUUGUCCAAGUUACCGAAACUCUGGACUGGUUGCCUCCAGAGUACCCUGUCCGAAUUCGCAUCUUACAGACUGCGGGUGUUCUGUAUGGGCAUAUUGCGCAGCAGACCGACUCUGCGGCUGACGUCGACCGUGGCAUACGGGCUUUUCGAGAAGCAGUCCAAUUGAUCACAGGCGAGGGGUCGAGAAGGGCGGAGGUACUUCAUGGCCUGGGCCGGCUCCUAAUGAUGCAAUACCAGCAUAUCGGGAGAGAAGAGGUUAUCGGCCAGGCAAUUGAUUCCAGUGCGCUAGCAGUCGCAAAUAUUCCCUUCAGUCAUCCGCACAGGGCUGUGAUCCUUGACACCCACGGUCAGCAAUACAUAGCUCGCGCCAAACGAGCCGCCUCCGAGACAUCUAAUGCAGAUUUCGACCGAGCGCUGCAAUACUUUCAGGAAGCUCUGAACGCUCCACACGCGGUACUUCUAGACCGCGUAGAAGCCGGUCAGCGGGCUUUCCACUGCCAAAUUCAGCGAAAGAACUGGGUCAGUGCGUCCAGGUUGUCGACAGCUGUCAUGGAAUUGCUACCCAAGUUGGUUCUUCGGUGGCUCCCACGCGAAGACCAGCAGCGGAUUAUCCAGCGUUUGACUGGGUUCUCGAGUCUCGCCGCCUCCGCAGUUCUCAAUGCCGGUGGAACCCCGGGGGCUGCCCUCCACAAAUUCAGCGAUCUAGUAAUUUCAUCAUCCCCGUCAACCUCGUCGCAGAGCAUGAGCUCCAAACUCGCCCAACACCGUGAGAGCUCUCAGCAGUUGGAGAAGAUGGAGACCACAAUCCGCCAGAUUCCUGGAUUUGAGCGGUUUCUCCUGCCCGCGGAGGAAGCAGAGCUCUUGCAGCUUGCCUUACGCGGACCAAUCAUCUCGUUCAACGUCACUGAGCAUCGCAGCGACGCCCUAAUCCUCACCUCCAAGGGUGUCGACGCAAUCGACCUCGUUAAUCUUCACUAUGCCGACCUUGUCCGCAAUAUGCGGAAGCUCGUGGGCAGUAACAAGCUGUCCAGCGGAAAGCCCAGCUCGCGAUCCCGCCGCAGACGAGAGCUCCAACGCAUCCUACAUUGGAUAUGGGAGAUAGCUGUCCAACCGGUCCUCUCACACCUAGGGUAUCUCAAUCCCGGUCAUGCCACUAACUCAGACCUACCACGCGUAUGGUGGCUAUGCACCGGCUAUAUGGGCCUAGCACCCCUGCACGCAGCAGGCCAACCCCAGGGUCCAAGCACCUCCGAUUUCGUCAUAUCAAGCUACACCCCUACCAUCAAAGCCCUCCAGCACGCGCGCGAGAUCAGUCGCAACCGUCAUCUGGAAGUGAACCCGCAACUUCUCAUGAUUGAAAUGCCCGAAACGCCCGGAAAAGCAGCCCUUAACACAACCGCAGAGCUCGCCGCUAUCUCGCAAACCGUCCGCCCACUCAUCCCACAUCCAACAAUUCUCUCCAACCCGAGCAAACGAGCAGUCUGCGAAGCUAUAGCGGCCUAUCACCUGGUUCACUUCGCCUGUCACGGCCACGCAAACCCACUAGAGCCCGCGGCAGGCGGUUUAUUCCUCGGACCUGCUCCGGUCCACGGAGCCGAUGGACAAGCUCCUGCAGAGCUUCUGACUAUCAAUGAACUAACAAACGUCUCUCAUCCCCGUGCACAGAUAGCUUAUCUAUCGGCUUGCUCGACGGCAGAGAACGCCAGUGAUUCGCUCAUCGAUGAGGCAAUCCACCUGGCCGGCACCUUCCAGUUACUGGGGUUCCCGCAUGUAAUCGGGUCAUUAUGGGAGGCGAAUGAUCGAGCAGCAAUUUCCGUUGCGGAGGGGUUCUACAAGAAUUUAGUGGAGUAUCUGUUGGCGCCGGAAUCAAAGUGGGACGGAGAUGAUGGGAGGAUUGUAGCGACGGCGCUUCAUCGUGCUGUGGGUGAGGUCAAACAGAAGAAUAGGGAUCCCUUGUCUUGGGCGACGUUCAUUCAUGUCGGUGCCUACUUGGGGGCUUUCAUCUAG